GCACCCAACAGCAAUAUAUAUAUAUAUAUAUCUAUCACUGUCCUCUCGCUCCCCCUUCUCCCUUCACCAUGAAUGUAGUUGCUGUCAGAGGUUACAGAAUAUCCCGCCUGCAGAGAGGAACAGCGUUCCACUGAAUAUCUGGCAGGUGAUACAUGCUCUAUUCUGGGGGGGGGGGAGCAACGACUACGGAUAUCUCAGCAUCCAGAAUGAAAAGCGACGAGGACAGCGAUGUGUCGCUGGCGACCAGGGAGGGCAUGGUACUUUUACCUAUCGCCUCAGCAGUAGUUACUUGCUCAGAAAUGCAGCGCUCCCUUGUGGAAGAAAGGAGUAGGACAGUCAUGGCCACGGUGAACCCACAGUUCCGUUUCUGCUCUCUGGAUCCUAAAGAGGAGUCUCCCAAGCACCCCAAAGACGAAAGCCCUCAGGAGACCUUAGAGAUGAACAGCCAACCUUAUUCCCAAGCUGGAGAACCACAGGUCGGGGAACAUUGCAUUAGACACUGCAUUCCCAUAAAUACAUACAUCCCACUAGAACCCUGUGCGGGACUGUGUUCUAAAUGCCGCUCCUGUUGGAUUUCUGACCAUUACCGCCCACUCCCGCAAGGUUUUGAGGGUAAGGCGAGCUCUCAUUCUGAUAUUACACUGUGUCUCUGUGAUACCUGUGGCUGCCAGCAUGUACCUGGGGCAAAAUGCGACACGUGUGGCGAAGUCUGUCAGUUUAAAGAAAGCAGGUCCCUGGUCGUGGAGUCAUCACAAGGGUUUGGGGUAGGCAACGAGGUCCCAAAACCCGUCAAGAAACGGAGACCAAAAGAAUUUCAAAGUCCAGCAGAAUCGGAGGCCGAGCCAAUGGAAAAGCAAAAAGAAGUGAAAACCCUAGGAGAUGGUGAUGAACCCCAUGUAAGGAGCUCAGAAGGAGAGCUAUGGAGCCAGAGAGAAUCACAAAUUUCAGGAGACGAGCUGGGAGAUUCUUGGUCUUGGUCUUCCUACCUGGAGGAACAGAAAUGCAUAGCUGCUCCUCUCAAUCUCUUUCGGGAGUGGCAGCUGGGAACGCAGCACAAGAAUGGCUUCAAGGUGGGAAUGAAGCUAGAGGGAAUCGACCCCCAGCAUCCGUCCAUGUAUUUCAUCCUCACUGUGGCUGAGGUGUGUGGAUUUCGGAUAAGAGUUCACUUUGACGGGUAUUCAGACUGCCAUGAUUUCUGGGUGAAUGCAGACUCCCCCGAUAUUCACCCUGCUGGGUGGUGUGAGAGGACUGGACACAAAUUACAGCCCCCAAAAGGAUACAAAGAUGAAGACUUCAGUUGGACCCAUUACCUGAGACUAACAAAAGCUCAUGUGGCUCCUAAACACCUAUUUAUAACUCCAAAAAUAGGUGCCCCCCCAUCCCUCUUUCGGGUGGGUAUGAAAUUGGAAGCCGUUGACAAGAUGAAUCCAUCUCUCAUAUGCGUGGCCAGCGUCACUGAUGUAGUAGAAGACAGAUUUCUUGUGCACUUCGAUAACUGGGGUGACACCUACGACUAUUGGUGCGACCCUAGUAGUCCCUAUGUUCAUCCUGUGGGUUGGUGUCAAGAACAAGGGAAACCUCUUACUCCCCCUCAAGAUUAUCCAGACCCUGAUAACUUCACCUGGGAGAGAUACCUGUUGGAGACAGGAGCCACUGCGGUGCCAGCCAGAGCUUUCCACACUCGUCCCCCACAUGGAUUCAAAGACAACAUGAAGCUGGAAGCAGUAGACAGGAGGAAUCCCUCAUUGAUCCGGGUGGCAUCUGUGAUGGACGUCGAAGAGUGCAGAAUAAAGGUUCACUUUGAUGGCUGGAGCCAUUUGUAUGACUUUUGGCUGGACGCUGACCACCCAGAUUUACACCCUUUGGGUUGGUGCCAGAGAACAGGACACCCACUGCAAACUCCACUCCGACACCGUGAUUCUCCCAACUUAUCGCCAGGCGCUUGCGUGUCCCUCAGCUGUAAGGGGAUUUCUCACUCAAGAAGCAACAAAUACAGUUUCCAGCACAGGAAGUGCCCCACUCCCGGCUGUGACGGUUCUGGCCAUGUGACUGGGAGAUUCACAGCUCACCACUGUCUGUCUGGUUGUCCCUUGGCCGAUCGUAACCAGCAGCCGGCAAGAACCAGGAAUCCUAUCCCGUUGCCUCCUCGGAGGAAAUCCAGACACCACGGCAGAAUCGGACGUCCUCCCAAAUAUCGCAGGGUGCAGCAAGACAAUUUUCAAGACCCAGUUCACCAGUCCCUAUUUAUGUCAGCCAUGUCUGUCCAUCCGGAUCGCGCCCUUGCUCACUGCUGGGAACAGCACUGCCGUCUAUUGCCUGGCGUAGCCGGCAUCAGCGCUAGCACUGUAUCAAAGUGGAGUACGGAAGAGGUGUUCAACUUUGUGCAGACCCUGAUAGGAUGUGAGGAUCAAGCCCGGCUGUUCAAAGAGGAGAUGAUAGACGGUCAAGCUCUCCUGCUCCUAACACAGACGGACAUUGUAAAGAUCCUGUGCAUAAAACUGGGACCGGCAGUGAAAAUUUACAACUCCAUCCUUAUGUUCAAGAACACCGAGGACUCUACAGACUGACAGACCCCUGGCUCAUAUAUCCUGCCGCCCUUUAUUAUCAAUGCCCUAGAUUACACUGGACGCCAUGUGUACAGAGCGAAUAUGGCUUCCCGAGACACUGAAUGAUGUCCUAGGGUAGUGUUUCUCAACCAGGGUGCCUCCAGCUGUUCCAAAACUACAUUUCGCAGCAUGUAAAACUACAACUACCAGCAUGCCCGGACAGCCAAAGGCUGUCCGGGCAUGCUGGUAGUUGUAGUUUUACAACAGCUGGAGGCACCUUAUUAAGGAAACACCGCUUUAGGACUUCAGUACUAACUGCACAAUUUGUAGCCCAGUGCUGUCCCAUCCUGUGGCUCUCCAGCUGUUGCAAAACUACAACCCCCAUCAUGCCUGGAUGCCUGCAACAGCUGCCGAGCCACAGGUCAGCUGUCAAUGCAUGGGGGAGGGGAUUAUACUUUUGCAACAGCUGGAGAGCCACUCGAAGAACACUGCUGUAAGUGAUAUGACCUCUCAACCACCAGAUGGCGCUGUGUGACACGGUUUAAUUGUGUGUAUACUUUGUAUGGGAUAGAUGUCACCUGCCCUACAGAACAAGACAUCGAAGCACUUAAUAAAAUGUCUGGCUGCGGGGCGUCAGAGCAUAAAUAAUGUC